AUGCCAACAGAUGACCAAAAUAAUGCCACAGACUUGCCAACAGUAACUUAUGAACAACCAUUGGAAACAACGACUGCCAGUAACUAUAUCCGUACUCGUAAAGGAUUUGCGAGAGCAAUAAACAGAUGGAAUGAAUAUGAAGAAGAGGAAGAGUAUGAGAAGGAAGAGAAUGAUGGCAGUCCUUUUGUUAAAUUUUCUGAAGGAAAUGAUUCUGUAAAAGUUCGAGAAGCGAGAGAAGCAAUUGAAAUAAAUGAAACAACAGAAAACCCGCAAACAAUUGAUGAACUAUCUACUGCCAAUGAUUUGUCAACAACUACUGAAAAUAAUGAAGCGCGUGAGGGCGAAGAGAACCCAAAUCCUCCGGAAAAAGAAAAAAAUGAAACAAAAUAUGUAAGCAAUUUUGAUGGAGAAAAGUGUUUUAUAACAACAUCUGAUAAGGAAUCAGAAAUAUUUGAUGAAAUUUAUGCAGUAAAGGGUGAUGUGAUUUAUAAUGAGAAACAAUCAGAAGGAAUUGGCCUUUCAACUUUGGAAAAACUUUCUAAUUUUAAAUGUGGAAUUAAAAACUAUGAUCAAUAUUCUUACUGUGCCAAAGUUAAAUUAUUUGGUAAACUUGAAUUGAAAGAUAUACGUGAGGGAAAACAAUUGGAGCCUAACAAUCCAAAAAAUAUUACCCAAUAUAAAGAACAUUCUUUGCAAGACACUGCCCUUGUUUUGAUUGAAGGUUGUUUUACUUGUGAAAACUUAGACAAAGGCCCAAUCAACAUAACAUUUUGGCAGAUAAACGAAGCGGGACCAAUAAAGGAUGCAUGUCCAGAAGAAGAAAAACUCAUCAGCCAUUAUAUUCUUGACUAUGAAAAAUAUAAUGGUGGUUUUAUUGUUGGUGGCAUAUUGCAUGAACGUCUCUGUCCAGCACGAGAAACCCUUGAGGAUAAAAUUGAACUUGCAUCGCUUAAAUAUAAGCACAAUUUCAAAAUUGUUAUCGAACACAGCUGUGCAGGAAAUAAAGAAACGUAUGUUUCCAAAUUUGCAAAGGCUAUUGAUUUUGAAAAUUUGAAGGAACAUAUUUUUGAACUUCGCGAUUUGAAUAUUAAUUUAAAUCAAAAUGAGGAGACAUUCGAUUGGGAUUGGAAUGAUAAAAAGGAAGGUUUAGGCUAUACUUAUUUUGCUGCCAAGGAAUUUAAACUUUCAAAUGAUUCUGAAAUUGCUCAAGGCGAGGAAGUUAUGCAUUCGGAGUAUAUUACAGACGAGAAUGAAGAAGAUGACGAUGAGCAUAAUGAUGAAGAGGAAAAUGAUCAUGAUGAAGAGAAACACGGAGAAAAAGAUAAUCAUGAUGAAGAGAAACAUAGAGAAGUGAUAAAUGAAGAGAAGGAGGAAAACGAGAAAAAGAAAAAUUAUGAGGAGGAAAAAAUGAAGAAAUUACAUGAGGAACUCGAAGUUGUUGCGGCAGAAGUAAAAGAAGAGGAUAAGAAUAUGCUGAAGGAAGAGGAAUUGGAAGUGCAAGAGAAGAAAAACGAGAGUUUGGCUGCUCCAGAACAAUUUAAAGAGAAUUUGGAAGCUUUAAAUUCAACUAAUGAAGAGAAGGAAACGAACGAAACGAUUAAUUAUCAAAGCGAACAAAUAACUAAAGAAGAAAUUAAGGGUGAAGAGAAAAAUCUUGAAAAAAGUGAUCAGAUUACCCAAGAAGAAGAAAUUAAGGGUGAAGAGAAAAAUCUUGAAAAAAGUGAUCAGAUUACCCAAGAAGAAGAAAUUAAGGGUGAAGAGAAAAAUCUUGAAAAAAGUGAUCAGAUUACCCAAGAAGAAGAAAUAAAUGAAGAUAAGAAAGAGAAGGAAGAAGAGAAAAAUGAGGAAAAUGAGAAGAAAGAAGAGGAUAAGGAUGAAAAAGGAAAAGUUGAGGAAAAGCAAAAGGUUGAUGAGGUAAAGAAGGAAUGA